CAGCUACCGUACCGUACCUCUAACUUUACGUGUUAAAAAAUCUUACGUUUUCUGUAUUUUCUGUACUAAAAUCUCUUCUUCACAGCUUUAGAAUGGCGGACGAUUUUAUUUUCGACUUUCUUCACAUGGAAAUAGUCAACUUUGUGCAGAGAACAACAAGCCCAGAUGACAAGGAUAAAGUGAUAUCCAAGCUAGAGCAGAUGGGUUAUCGUGUGGGACAGAGCCUGAUCGAGAAGUUCACGCGAGAAAGCCCUCGAUUCAGCAGUGAACUGGACAUCAUCAAGUUUGUUUGUAAAGAUCUGUGGAACGGGGUCUACAAGAAGCAGGUCGAUAAUCUCAGAACAAACCAUCAGGGGGUCUAUGUUCUGCAAGACAACAAAUUUAGACUGCUCACCCAGAUGUCAUCAGGCAAACAGUACAUGGAAGCAGCUCCACAGUAUUUGGCAUUCCCUUGUGGAUUAAUACGAGGUGGUCUGGCAAACCUAGGAGUCAACUGUGUUGUGACGGCAGAAGUCAGCACUAUGCCGGCAUGUAAAUUUCAGGUCAUGAUUCAGAGGACGUAGCAUCUUCCUGUGCUAGCGUUAUCUCCGUCGAGGUCAAAUGGUGAAGCCUGGACAACCCACUAAUGACUCCAAAUGUUUAGCUUAUUUUUUUGCUAGUCGCAGCAGAAAUGGGGUUUUGUAUAUAAGCCUUUGAAGUCGCUGUACAGCCUCACCAAAGAGACAAUGGACUUUUAUUGCUCUCCAUGUAUAAGAGCUAUGAAACAUGACAAACUGUACAAGAGACUUCCCUAUUUUGCUCAUCUGCUAUACCAUCUUAUGGGAGUGUGUUUCAAACUUUGCAGUGGAUGCAGAAUAGGAACAGAAUAUUACAUCAUCAUAGACAUGGAGAGUGACAUCAUCAUCUUGCAAUGGGAAUUGUAUCCUAAGAUUGGAUUGACAUGAACCUUUCGAUCUAGAUGGACAAAAGUGGACAUGAAAAUGAGAAUGAAAAAGAAUGAGCCGUUUUCAGACGUGGAGUUCACUAUUUAGUGACCUAGAAACUAUACACAUCUUGCUCAUAUACUCUUUCUCAUGAAUGUUAUUUCAACAAAUUUAAAUAGCCUGCAUACAUUUUGAUGAAUAAAUCAUACAUAUACUGUUGUAGUGUAGGUACUACAUAAUUUGAUUUCAAAUUUUGAAAACGGUACUGUAUUUGCAGGCGCCACAGUCCAUUUGGCAUAUUUCUUUUUGCCAAAUCUGUACACUAUGGAUUUCAAGUAAGCACCCUCUUGGAAGCUGUCUGUAUAAAAAAAAUGAACUAAAUUUAGAUCUUUUUAAUUUUCAUAGGUAUGACAAUAUACUUUUAAAAAAAUUAGGCUUGUCUUUGGACACCAGAUCAUUCCUUCUGUACAGGCCAUAUGAACUGUUAAUCAAAUGAAGCUUAAACACAUAUGGACCAUGAAUAUUACAUUUCUCUGUACAAAUUGUUCUGUAGUGAAUAAUAAAGAUGUAGUCCUAUUCCAUGGUAUUUAAUAAUGGUUUAACAUAAUUUUUGUCAUUUAUUCCUUAGUUAUCUGUUAGCCAUUAUGGAUAGGUUAGGCAUUUGUAGAUACCAAUCAUGCGUCAGUAGAAAUGAUGCAUGUUAUAAUAAAAAUGCUGUGCAAUAUCUCUGUUUUAUGAAUUGUAAACGCAUGUCCCUUCUGAUCACUUGAAAGGAAAAAAAAUGUGGUGCAGCAAUAUGAAAAUAUGAUUUUAUCUGUCAUUUAAUAGAAAGUGUUAUCAUAGUUGGGGGUGGGGGUUAAAACCUGCACGCAAUGAAGGACCCUACACAUACUCUAACCCGUGUGAUAAAUAGCAUGUGAAGAAUAUACUGUACGAGAGUCAUUUGAUUCUGUUAUGGUGAUUUAAUACUGCACCAUGGAAACAGAAAGUGCUUUUCUACCAAUUACACUGUACACUAAAGAACAUAAAUUGAGCUAAACCGGGUAUCAUUCAUAGGUAAUCAAAAAGUGUAUGAUUGUAGGGACAUGUAAAAUAUCACCUUUUUGUGCCCAUGUCUACAAAUCAAGAUAAAAUUUGAUUACUUCAAUUUACCAUGGAGAAUCAAUGUUGUAGUAAAUCUAUUUACCUAAUUGUGUAUUUAAACUUAAUACAUGUACAUGUGCAUUCCCUGUAGAUUUUGUUCAGUUUUUUAUUUUGUGUUUGAGAUAAAUAUAUGUGCAUUGAUUUAUUCGACAUGGUAUUAAUAAAGAAUCAAGUAACCAUGAAA